GUUUCCCACACCAAAUUUGACGCGCCACAUUCUAUCAACGCGCCCUGAGCGAGGCGAACGACGCGCAUCCUUUUUCGGCAAUCUCUCAUCUCUCAAGCAAAACCGCGCUGUAGUUCCACGCAGGGAAAAUGGCGCAAAAUUCACUCUGCCGUUUCACGGCGCCGUAUCGCGUAUCCUCCGGGCCCAUGCGAGUCAGCACUGUCAACGAGCACCGCAUCUCCUGGAAGAAUGACCACGAUACGGGCAUACUGGAAGCGACAUGGCCGCGAGAGGUCGACAUGGAGGCUGCGCGCAAGCUGGCCGUUGCUCAUCUCCCAGCAGACACCUACAGCGAUGCCACCAUCGAGCCCUUCGCAAAGGGCGGUUUCCACGUCCUCUUUCUCAUGUCGUCCGCCACAGACUCGGCAGCCCCAAAAUACCUGAUGCGCAUACCCCUCCCGGUCGACCCCUUCUUCAAGACGGAGAGCGAGGUGGCGACUGUCAGAAAGAAGGCCAUUUCGGU